GCAACACAAGUCUUUUACAACAUUUCAACAAAUACAACUACAUGUGUCUCUAAUGCAUCCCACUCCUUUUUUUCUCUACACAUCUACAAAUUCCUCAAACACCAAAAUCACUCACAAUAAUGGCUUUACAACAACCAUUUCUCUCUGAGUUAUUACUCCAUUCAUCUUCAAAUAGGACUUCACUCCCAAAAAGAUCAUUUUUUUCUCUACAAAUACCUCAAAGAUUCAAUCUUUAUCUUCAAAAUAAGCAAUUCAAGAAACAAGGGAGAAGUUGUUAUGCAAUUGCUGAGAAUCUUGGAGCUGAAGUUGAUGAGGAUCAAAGUUUGAUUUUGGAAAAUUCAAGUUUAGAGGAGUUGAGGGGACAAAGAGAAAUUGUUGGUUAUGAUUGGACUGAAGAAUGGUAUCCUUUGUAUUUGACCAAGAAUGUACCUAAUGAUGCACCUUUGGGUCUUACUGUGUUUGAUAAACAAGUUGUUUUGUAUAAAGAUGGAAGUGGUGAACUUAGAUGCUUUGAAGAUAGAUGUCCACAUAGAUUAGCCAAACUCUCUGAAGGACAACUGUACGAUGGCAAACUGGAAUGCUUGUAUCAUGGUUGGCAGUUUGAUGGAGAUGGUAAAUGUGUGAAGAUACCACAGCUACCUGAAAAUGCUAAAAUUCCUCGAUCAGCUUGUACCAAGACAUACGAAAUUAGGGAUUCCCAGGGAGUAGUCUGGAUAUGGAUGUCUCACAGAACACCACCUAAUAUUAACAAAAUCCCCUGGUUUGAAAACUUUGAGAGGAAAGGAUUUCGAGACUUUUCUACAACUCACGAGCUCCCUUAUGAUCACUCUAUUCUUCUGGAAAACCUCAUGGAUCCUGCUCAUGUUCCGAUAUCACACGAUAGGACAGAUUUUUCUGCAAAUAGGGAAGAUGCUGGGCCACUAUUUUUCGAGGUGACAGAAAGGACUAACCGGGGCUUUGCAGGGUGGUGGGGCAAGGAAAAAGAUCAAGGCAAAGCAAACUAUACUCCGGACUUCUUACGUUUUGAAGCUCCUUGUGUUCUUCACAAUAGUAGAGAAAUUGUUGAUGAAAGUGGGGAGAAGCAUUACUUUUCAGGUCUUUUUCUUUGUAGACCAUCUGGUCAGGGGAAAUCCAUGCUUAUCGUCCGGUUCGGGAACACAAAAAAACUAACCGGGAUACUGAAAUUUAUCCCAAACUGGUUCUUGCAUCAGAAUGCAAGCAAGGUUUUCGAGCAAGAUAUGGGGUUCCUUUCGUCCCAAAACGAAAUCCUAAUAAAAGAAAAGGUUCCAACCAAGAAACUAUACUUGAACCUAAAGUCGUCGGAUACAUGGGUAGCUGAGUACAGGAAAUGGAUGGACAAAGUUGGGCACGGGAUGCCUUAUCAUUUCGGUCACAGCACCAUUUUCCUGCCCCAACAACCCGCUGUAAUCGAGCAUGCCCCUGCUGGUUUCGUUGCCAAUUUUUCAGCUUCUCAGCCAGCUAAGGGAGGAAUCGGAGGAAUGUAUGCUCCGAACCCUGCCAACAGAUACUUCAGGCAUGUAGUACAUUGCAAGGAUUGCAGAAAUGUUGUCAAAGCUUUUGAGACUUGGAAAAAUGCCCUCUCUGCAAUCGCUCUCGUGUCAACUGCAUUUGCGAUUCUAGUGUCUGGAAGACAAUGGAAGGCCCUACUUUUGCUUUCAGCAUCGCUAUGUUUAGCUGGAGCAUAUGCUUUCUCAAAAGUCAUUGCAAUGAAUACAACCAACUUCAUAAGGACUCACAGAAGAUUGUAAAAGUAUGUAUAUAAUAGCUGUACUCAAGUUGAUGUCUUUCAUGCAAAAUAGGAUCCAGGUUUAUAUGCUUUUCAUACAUAUUGCUCCAUCCGUCUCAAUUUAUGUAACACCGUUUGACUUUAACACUUUUAAGUAAAGAUCAUAUUUUUCUCUGCUA